UGAGGGUCUUACCUUAUGGCUACCAAAUGGCCCAUUUCAGUUUAGCUUGCGAUUUGUUAUAGAAAAAGGAUCGGGAGAGCACAGUGGAUGCUACCAAGAAAAUAGUUUCGGUUUUAUGCUACCGUUUGAGGGGUUUGGUCAAAAAGUACUACCAUUUGAGGGUAAUUUUCUAAAAUUUUAGCGUUGGCCCUCUUUGACCCUGACCGUACCCCCCUGUCAGGCCAUAAUGGGAGUACCCCCCCUCGGGUGUUUUUCUCAUUAUCACCUCUUAGAUGCGUGUACCAAUAUUUAAUUUUCUUUCAUUUUCUUUGAUUGGGCAUGUAAAAUUGAUUGGGUCUCCGGAUUAAUUCUCCGGAAAAUAUCUUGCAGACAAUCUCCCCAGGUUGCACUUAGAAUGCUUGGCAUCAAUUACAUAUGUACAUGAAAUAAAAUAAUAUAGGAACAGUUGGACAAAACGCCCUCUUUAAAACACCACCCCUCCCUCUUUGUUGGAAAUACGCAUUAAUCUGAAUUUAUAGAGAAAAAAGAAAAUAAAGAACAAUUGAUGAUGUAAACAAUAAGAUAAGUUUGUUGUUGUUUAAUAAAUUUUAGCUAGCUAGUUCCUAUGGCUUUCGAAAAGCAAUUUCAUCUUCAACGAAAGAAUUCGAUCUUGGAUUGGCGGAUGAUGGUUUAGAAGAAAAACAAAGAAUUUUUUCUCGGGCAAUUUUGUUUGAGCCUCACUAUCAAAUUGAGUAUAGCUUUGCUUUGCUUCUGUUUUCAAAGGCUUCGGUGACCACACGAGGUGGAAGGUCGGCAGUUGUGAAAAAGUAAAAGAAAUGGACCUUCGAGGCGAAUUUUAUGACAACAUAGAGCCUGAUGAUGUAGAAGAGGGGGAUAUCGAAGAUGAAGAUGAAGAUGGAGACGGGGAUUUGUCAGAUGAAGAAGAAACAGAAAAACGGGAUUCAGGGAAAAAGGGGAGAAGGCCCAGGGGUUCGUUGCUUACAGGAAGGGGGGUUACUAUGCAAAUGCUUAUUGAUGAGGACAUUUUGCAAGCAGGGGAAAAACUAUUGUCCAUAGAUUAUUUGGGAAGUAAAUUUGAAGGUGAUUUGCUGCCUGAUGGCCAAAUACGAUGGGCUGAAACUGGUCAAAUAUUUAGCUCACCCUCAUCUUGGGCAAUGUACUGCAAGAAGCUUGUGAAUCCUACCAAAAAGUCUGGCUGUGGUUGGGCUUCAGUUAGAUACAAGGGAAAAAAACUUGAUCAAUUUAAAUCGUCGUGGUUUAGAAAUCAAAGACAGAAGCAACCAGAGCAGUUGGAUGGAACUGACAGCCAGCAGACGCCACCAGCAAAGAUAAAACAUGAAGUCGAGAGAGCUGGAGAAGAUCAAAUGGCAUUUCAGAGAAAUUCACCAAUCGUAUCUCCAACAAGCCUAAUUAGCCCAGGAGCUAAACAAUACGGGAUGCAAUCUUCGCCUUAUCCAACACCAGGUGGUCCGGCAAUCGAUACACUUAAGCAUGAGCCUAAGAGUGGCAGGGCUACUGCACCUGGCAAGAGACCCCCUGGUCGCCCCCCUAAAAACCGGGUAGUUGAGCCUAGGCACAGUCGUCUGCCUCAUGACAGUCCUGAUUACAGCAUGGCAAAGUACACAUCACCGCCAGGACAUCAUCCUGGCUACCAAGACCCCCAAGUUGCAAUGCACCAUCCACUAAGGUCCCCUUCCCCUGGCCAUCAAGUCCAGCACCACUCUAGGCCAUCACAUUUCUCACCACCGAUACCUGGGAGAACUGGGAAUGUAAUGACAUUCAGUGAGGCUUUGGAGCUUGUAAAGCAUCAGUCAGCGAGAAAGAUGGAACAGGCACCUUCAUACGAUUCUCGAAGGACACACAACACGAGUGCAACUGCAAAACCACAUAUGGUCUCAGGGCAUCAACCAUUUUACACUGCUGGUGGCCGGGUAUAUCGAAGGAAACCAGGAAGACCACCUAAAGACCCAAAUAAGUUGGCAGCCCAACAAAUGCCUCAUAUGAUACCACACUCGUCCACUAUAUCACCUUCAACAUCAUCACGUGGUCGAGGAAGGAGAGUUUCUCGUACUAGAAUGUCAAUAAAACAUGCAUCAGUCCACCCGGAAAGUGACCCUCUCACACUGGUCGAAUGCGCACAAUUUGCCAGCAUUGGGAAAAUUCAGCCGUUUUCCGUCUCGAUUUCGACGAAUGCAAUGCUAAUAAUUGACUUCCAUUCUCAUUUAUCGACAAGUGAAGUCACUGGUUACUUGGCAGGAAAAUGGGACCCUGUCCGUCAGCACUUAAAAGUGGUCCAAGCCUAUCCUUGCAAGUGUAGAAUAUCCGAUAAGGAAGAUGGCAUGCAAAUGGAAUCUCAGAUUCGCAUGGACAUAGAAAGGGCCGAUCUGGUCCUGGUUGGGUGGUAUCACAGCCACCCAUUCUGCCAACCUGAUCCAACAUUGCAAGAUAUCAGAAACCAGCUGCAAUACCAAGGUCUUCUCAAAGAUGAAAACUCAUCUGAGCCAUGCAUUGGAAUCAUUGUUUCACCGUAUGAUUCACACAAGAAAGAAGCAGCUUUUAAGGCAUUCUGGAUUCAGAGCCAUGCAAUGGUGCACCCUGAAAAGUUGCCACUGCCUCUUGGUAUUAGUUUUACCACUCAGCAAGACCAGCAGCUCACCCAGGAUGUUGUCAAUGAAAUGGUGGCCUUGGUCAACUACCACAAAGGCAAUCCAGACAGCAUAAAUUUCACAGAAACAUGGACAUCAGAAGCAACCUAUCUUGAUAAAAUUAAGCAUUCAGCUAUACGAAAAUUUCCCCAAGACCAAACUGAUGGACGAUUCUUGGAUUUUAUUAACAAGCUUCUGAUCGCAGCCAGUGCAUAACAUGGAACAUACCGUAUGUAAGUUUGAAAGAUCUGUUAGAUGUUUUCUGUGCUCAUGUCCUUGAACGUUUGACAUCUAGCGGCGUAAAAACUCACAUGGUGCAUGUGUUUAUGUAACAAAGGCGUGUAAUAGACUAGAUUCUCUCGAAGGAAGCAAAGCUUGAAGGACAUUUAUUUAUUUAUUUUAGCUUUAUCUUAAUCAGAGCUUAAAAAUAAUUUUUAAUAUCAGUAGUAGGUAUUU